ACUGAGCCCUCGACCGCCAAACGUACUACCAGUCCAGCAUCAGCACCGGUAGUAGAGUCGGCCUCAUUCGUGAUGAACCUAUUCCGAGGAGAGGCCAAAGUUCAGCAGCAGUUCCCGUACCCACACGUCUUAACCGCCGAUGACCUACAGAUGGUUGAUAUGGUGACCGAACCCAUUGUCAGGCAGUGGGCGCCCGACGACGCCCUCCGAUACGAGGCUAACGAGGCGUUUGACGACAAACUUGUCGAUACUAUGAGCGAAAUGGGUUUACUUGGCAUUCAGGUCCCUACUGAAUUAGGUGGCAUCGGUAUGAAUACUACCCAAUACGCCCGUAUUGGUGAGAUCCUAUGCCGGUAUGACCUGGGACUGGCAGUGUUCACGGCCGCCCACCAGGCCAUUGGCUAUAAAGGCAUACUAUUGUUCGGUACGGACGACCAAAAACGCCGAUUCGUGCCCGACUUGGCCACCGGUAAACGGAUCGCGUGUUUCUGUUUGACGGAACCAGGAGUCGGGUCGGACGCGUCGAGCAUCCAAACCCGCGCCCAACUCUCGCCGGACGGCAAACACUACGUACUGAACGGCACGAAGAUCUGGAUCUCCAACGGGGGUAUCGCCGACGUGUUCACCGUAUUCGCCAGAGUGGGCGACCAGACGGCGGCCUUUAUCGUCGAGAGGGGGCCGGGAGUUACGUCCGGUCCGCCCCACAAAAAAAUGGGUAUCAAGGCGUCCAAUACUACUGACGUGUAUUUCGAUAGCGUGAAGGUGCCGGUGGAGAACCUACUGGGCCCGGUAGGCGAGGGCUUUAAGAUAGCUAUGAACGUGCUGAACAAUGGGAGGUUCGCUUAA